UGAGAGCUAUCUUCGUUGUGCAAGGGAGUAAAGCAAGAGCUUAGAGCUCAGAGCAGAGCAACAACCUCGAAGCUAGUUCAAACUAGUGGGAGGUUGCGUGCAGAGAUGGCAAGAGGAAAGAUACAGAUGCGAAGGAUUGAGAACCCGGUGCACCGCCAGGUCACCUUCUGCAAGCGCCGAGCAGGGCUGCUGAAAAAAGCAAAGGAGCUUUCUGUGCUGUGUGAUGCCGAAAUCGGCAUCAUCAUAUUCUCCGCUCAUGGAAAACUCUACGAACUGGCCACAAAGGGGACCAUGCAAGGUUUGAUUGAGAGGUACACAAGGGCACAGGGUGAAGCUAAACUUGAAGGAAGCGAUGAGAACAUACUUCAGGAACCCAAACAAGAAGUAGCAAUGCUGAAGCAAGAGAUUGAUCUAUUUCAGAAAGGUUUGAGGUACAUGUAUGGAGAGGGAAUAUCAGGGCACAUGACACUGGAGGAAUUAGUUGCCCUGGAAAGGCAACUUGAGAUGUGGAUGUACUACACGCGCUCAGCUAAGAUGCAGAUCAUGUUUCAGGAGAUCCAACAGUUGAAAAGCAAGGAAGGCAUUCUGAAGGCUGCCAAUGAACUCCUUCAGGAAAAAGUUGUAGAACAAAAUGGGCUUUUUGAUGUCGCCCCACUGACCGUAGAUCAGACAGGGGUUUUUAAUGUAGCCCCUCAAAUGAUAGCUGAUAUUCCAUACCCACUAACAGUACAACAUGACAUGAUUCCAAUUUUAGGAGCUCUAUAUUAGCAUAUAGCAGCUCCUGCUGAUGAUAAGAGGGCUAGGCGGCCUUGUGAAUGACCAUUUUAUUUCAAGGUGUAUCCUAAGAAACUGUCUGUACAAAUAGUGAUCCUGAGAACUUACUCAGAAACCUCUAAAUGUUGGUAAUGCUGUCCCUGUUAUGCCCUGGAGAUAUGGGUUCAAUACUUCACUUUGUUCUAUAUUAUAUCCUCUAUUGAGACUUGUAUUGAAAUUUGCAUCAAGGGAAACGUCUACAGUUAGCUUCUCGACGUAAAUUGUGCUUGGGUUGUUGCAAUCUUGCAUAAUAUGCCUGCAUGACGCUACUACUCGGAUUCGGCCUAUUUCCAGUAGAGGAACAAAAACUAGUGGCUGCCCCUUACUAAUCAUGAUAUUAGCACUUAGAGCAACAUAGGGCCUACUUUUUUCUUGUUCUUUGAAAACCACUCACGCCUAAACACUGCAUAUGAACCAACGUCUUUAUUUUCCAACAACUCCCA